CCUUGUCAUGCAUCUCCUUGGAAGCCCUCCUCUCCUCCCCCUUUGAUCAACUAAUUCCAUUCCCAAAAGUCCUCUGUUCUGCUUUCUUUUCCCUAAGCCAUGGUGGUUGUAGCCAACCCACUAGACCAAAUAUCCCUUGUCAGGCCUCCAAAGCCUGGCGCUUACUUCUCCGGCGUCCCCGUCAUCAACCUUGGGGAGCCGGGCUCGGCAGCAGCCAUCGUCAAGGCCUGCCAAGACUUUGGCUUCUUCAAAGUCAUCAACCAUGGGAUUCCCAUUGAUCUCAUGGUAGACUUGGAGAAGGAGGCUGUCAAAUUCUUCUCCCUCCCUCAGGUGGAGAAGGAGAGGUCUGGUCCUCCCAACCCAUUUGGUUAUGGGAACAAGAGGAUCGGGCCUAAUGGCGAUGUCGGCUGGGUGGAGUACCUCCUUUUUGGCGUCACCUCCAAGCCCUUCUCUUACACAUCAAUGGCCUUUCUUCGAGAACCAUCGGCAAGCUCGUUCCGCUCUGCUUUGAAUGAAUACAUAUCAGCAGUGAGGAAGCUGGCUUCUGAGGUACUGGAGUUGAUGGCUGAAGAGCUGAAGAUUGAACCAAGGAAUGCAUUCAGUAAGCUUGUGAUAGAUGAAAAGAGUGAUGAAAUAUUUAGGCUUAAUCAUUACCCUCCUUGCCCUCUCCUUCAAGGGCUCAGCUGCAGCUUGACUGGGUUUGGGGAGCACACCGAUCCACAGAUCAUCUCAAUCUUGAGAUCCAACGACACCCAAGGGCUUCAGAUUGCCCUGAGGGAUGGGAGCUGGGUCUCAGUCCCUCCAGACCAGGAGUCCUUCUUCAUCAAUGUCGGCGAUUCCCUGCAGGUUAUGACAAAUGGGAGGUUCAAGAGUGUGAAGCACAGAGUUCUGGCCAACGGUAUGAAAUCCAGGGUAUCUAUGAUAUACUUUGGAGGGCCACCCCAAACAGAGAAGAUAGCACCCUUGACGCAGCUGAUGGGGGAGGGGGAGCAGAGCCUCUACAGGGAGUUCACAUGGGGCGAGUACAAGAAGGCUGCCUAUAAAUCAAGGCUGGCUGACAACAGGCUUGGCCAGUUUGAGAAGUAGUGGUGGGUGGGUUACGGAGAGGUCAUUGGUGACAUCUUUUGAUGCUUUGCUGGCUUUCCUCUUUUGGGCUGUUAGCAUGGUCAAGAACAGGCUGGCAGGGUCACCCAAGCAAGUGUUAACCAAAGAUAGAAAACGGAAAAGGUUUUUCGUUUCUUGCUCCUUUUGUUUGAAUGACCCCUUCUUUUCGUUUCCUCGUGCUCUCCCCUCAUCCUUUCAUACGAAGUCUUGUAUGUGAAGCGCCUUUUCCCUUUCCAAUAGAUAUGGUUUGUUAAGAAAAGAAGUUCAAGCUCCAUGGUAGCUUCCAAAAGCACUGCUGUUUCUCGGCCUUUUGCA